AUGCGUGGCGCAGGCUUCACGGAGCCCACGCCCAUCCAGGCCCAAGCCUGGCCCAUCCUUUGCUCUGGGCGAGACCUCAUCGGCGUUGCAAGGACUGGUUCUGGCAAGACGCUGGCAUUCCUGCUUCCUUGCUUCGCGCGACUUUUGAAGGAGGGUCUGCGCUCCAGGAUGGGGACUGGCACUGGUCCAAAUGACGACUCGUCGCUCCCGGUGCAGAUGCAGAAACAAGCUGCUGGUCCGGGGGCAUACUCUCCAGAGGUGUUGAUCUUGGCACCCUCACGGGAGCUAGCGGCCCAGAUCGAGACGGAGGCACGACGCUUUACCGCGAGCACCGGCAUUGUCACCCUCGCUUGCUAUGGCGGCGAAGGGACUCGUCGAGAAACGCUCGGACGGUUGCGCGAGCGACCGGAAUGUGUGGUCGGCACGGUUGGUCGGCUGAUUGAUUUCAUCGAGAACGAGAAGCACUGGUUCGGAGUCAGAAAUGUGCGUUUCUUGAUCCUGGACGAGGCUGAUGCCAUGAUCGGAGAAGGACUUGAUGCCAACAUCCGUAAAAUCACCUGCGACGUGGAGACACCGCGGCGGCAGACAAUGUUGUUCUCGGCCACCUUUGCAGAUGACGUCAGCGACCUGGCAACUUGGAUCAGUCGACAUGCCGUGGAGGUUCGAGUCGGGAUGAAGGAUCCGCUGAGGGCUAACAGGGACGUCAAGCAAGAGGUCAUCAUUGUGAAGGACGAGUUCGACAAGGAAGGAGCUUUGAAAAGCACCUUGCGGAAAGUGCAGCUUGGCAUUCUCUCAUUGGCUCAGCAUGAUGCCAAGACUGUUUUGGUUCGGGCAGUUGCUGAGAGUCUUUUCGUGCUAUGGUUGAGUUGA